AGAUAGUUAUGGCUUCUGUGACAAAGAAUCCAGACCUGAAGAAGAUUCAAGGAGAAAUUGCAGAUCAAUUAGGUCUAGAUCUCCGUGGGGAGACUGAACUUGGGAGGGCCUAUCACCUAAAGGAGUAUUUGAGGAAAAAGAAGAAGAUUCUUGUGAUUUUAGAUGAUUUCUGGGCGAGGCUAGAUUUGGAUGCCCUUGGAAUUCCAUUGGAAAACAAAAAGAGUGAGGCAAGUUCAACUGGAGAAGAACAGAUGCAACUCAAGAUUCUCUUCACAUCUAGAGAUUUGGAUGUUUUAUCUUGUGAUAUGGGUGCUGAUGAAAAGAUCCCAGUUGGUAUUUUAGAAGAUGAAGAAGCAUGGACACUUCUGAAGAAGAUAGUCGGCGGUGAAGUUGAAAAGUCUGAGUUAUUGCCUAUGGCAACGGAGAUAGUGGGAAAAUGUGCUGGGCUGCCGCUGGCUGUUGAAACAGUAGCAAAAGCUUUGAAAGGUAAGGAUGCUUCUGCAUGGAGGGAUGCUGUACUACAACUGAAAAGGCCCUGUCAAGAGAGUUUCACGGGGAUACCUGCAAAUGUUUAUUCAGCAAUAGAAUUGAGUUACAACCAUUUAGAAGGAGAAGAGCUCCGGCAAACUUUCUUGCUUUGUUGCUUGUUGGGACACAAUUCUUCUAUUAAAGACCUGCUAAGUUAUGGAAUCGGCUUAGGCUUAUUCCCUAAUGUCAAGACAACAGGAGAGGCUCGAGACAGAGUACUAACAUUGGUUAGCAAUCUAAAGUCCUCCUCUUCUUUGCUGCUUGAUGGUCAUAGCAAUGAUUGGUUUGAUAUGCAUGAUAUUGUACGUGAUGUCGCCAUAUCAAUUGCCUUAAGGAGCCAGCAUUGGUUAUCAAUAGCAGCAGAAGACCAUAUACCCAAGGGGGGGUCAGAUUUCAAAUGGAUCAGUCUACAAAAGGCUAAUACUAGUGAGCUUCCUGAUCAAUUGGAAUGUCCAAAGCUUAUCUUAUUUUAUUUGGACAGCAAGGAUCCUUCCAUGAAAAUUCCAGAAAACUUUUUCCGGGGAACACAAGAACUCAGAGUCCUGGAUUUCACUCAUAUGUGUUUCUUAUCCUUGCCUUCAUCAAUCUGCUUCCUAAAAAACCUCCAUACAUUACAUGUGAAUGGAGGUGUUUUAGAAGACAUGGCUAUUAUUGGAAAGCUGGCGAGUUUGGAAGUCCUUAGCCUUUUACAAUCAGAUAUUGUAGAGGUGCCAACGGCAAUUGGGCAGCUAACCCAGCUAAAGCUCUUAGAUUUGAGUGAUUGUACUAAACUCAAAAUCAUUCGGCCACAUGUCUUGGCCAGUUUGUCCAAACUAGAAGAGCUAUAUCUGAGAAAUAGCUUCGAUCAUUGGGAUGAUGGGGAAGGAGGAAAUCAAAGAAAUGCUAGCCUUGCUGAGUUGAAAGAUUUGCAUAACCUGGCUGCUCUAGAUGUACAUGUACGUGAUGUCCAGCAAAUUCCAAAAGUUGGCUUGUUGUUUGAGAGAUUGAAAAGAUACAAGAUCUUCAUUGGAGAGGUGUGGAAUCUCCGGGGCAGUUCCUUCAAAAGCUCAAAAAUAUUGAAGCUGGAGCUGAAUACAAGCAUUAGUUAUAGUCAUUCAAUUUUCGUGCUGUUGAAGAAAGCAGAAGAGCUACAUAUAGAGGUAUUAAAAGGUUUCAAGAAUGUAGUUCAUGAUUUAGAAGCUGCAGGUUUUCAGGAACUGAAGUAUCUUCAUGUCAAAAAUGCUCCAGAGGUUGAACAUAUUGUCAACUCAUCAGUGGUGUCUGUAUUUCCAUUCUUGGAGGAACUUUUUCUGCAGAAUUUGGAUAAUUUGGUGAAGAUAUGUCAUCGCCGGUUCAGAGGAACAUGUUUUGGGAGAUUAAGCAUUAUAACUGUUAAGUCUUGUAAUCAGUUGAAAAAUUUGUUCACAUUCUCAAUAGCUAGACAACUUCACAAACUCAAAGAAAUUAGAGUGAUGAAGUGUAACAAUAUGACACAGAUUGUUGGUGAGGAGUUGCCAGGGGUGAUGGAAAUAGCAGAAGCAAGUGAAACUUUAAAGCUUUCCGAACUACGGUCCUUGCAAUUGCAAUAUUUACCGAAGUUUCUGUGCCAUGGAAAUGAGGAAACAAGUGAUCCAAGCUCCAACUCGGCACCACUUUUCGGUGAAAAGGUAUUUAAAUUUUCUUUUAUACAGUAUAUUGGUGUACAUAAAAAACUAAACAGAGUAAUUAGAAGGAACUUGGUAAAGAUUUACUAUGCUCUAAGUAAAGAAUCGAUGAAAAUUACUACUUAAGUCGAAUUUUUAAUGUUAUAUAUGUGAUGGCUGCUAGUUAAUAUGU